AAAAAAUAAAAAAAAAGAAAAGCAAAUAUAUUCACAUUAUCGAUGUAUAUAACCACAUAUAUAGCAGCACUUAAUUCGACGAACUCUAUCUGGAUUUUGCUUUAAAGUAGUUCAAACAAGUUGAUAGAUAGUGAUAAGAUUACAAAAAAUUGUAAUCUCUAAGGUGUGUUACGAUUCUGAAAUCAUUCUGUGUUGAAAUUUCACCUGCGACGCGUGCUAAAUAUCGAAAUGCCAGCUUAUAGAUGGGUUCAUCGGUCAGCGGGAUCGUCAAUACCCCCAACAGCUGUUGUCGGUGGACGUGACGUAGAUGGUACUACCAUUUAUGUUGGUAAAGCUUAUCACGAUGGUGAUGUACUUCCAGCUAAAGUAAUUCCUGACAAAAAUGUUGCAUACGUUUGUUACAACGGCGAGGAACAUGCCAAAUCUGAUUUCGAGGUAUUAUGCCAAAGCGAAUACGUAUGGGAAUUUUGCAAUAGCGGAUCAAUUCCUGCGGAUGCAGUAGCAGGUGGUGAAACAAGCGACGGUGAAACAUUAUACAUUGGUCGUGUUCUUCACAAUGGUUCUCAGACAGUUGGCAAGGUACAACCGAGUCACGGUUGCCUUUACAUUCCUUUCGACGGUGAAGAAUUAUCCUUCAAGGAUUACGAAGUUUUAACCAUUCGUUAAUAUACUUACUUUUAAUAUCUUUCGUUUAUGAUUAUAAUAUGAUGAUAUAAUUAACAUGUUCAAAAUACAGAAAAAAGAAAAGGAAAUCAAUUUAUUCAUAGUGUUAAUUUUGAAAUUUGUUUUGUAUACAUAAAAAUAGUUAAUGCGAAGUCUUUUAUUAAAUAGUUACUGUAUAAAAAAAAGCAGUACUUUACUACAUACAGUAUUUGAUUGUAAGAAACACAAGAUAAUAAUUAAAACAAAAUAUCUA